GCUUCAUUCUCAGACCAGACAGGUUCCACUGGCGGAGAGUGGAGCAGCGCUGCCGAGGAACUCCACACAUCCACCCACAGCUCACAUCCACCCACAGCUCACGUCUACAACAGUGAAAGAAAGAAAGCAAGACAAGUCCGUCUUGAGCAGUCAUGUCGGCCAAAGCCAUCUCGGAGCAGACGGGGAAGGAGUAUCUCUACAAGUACAUCUGCACGUCGGCGCCAGUCCAGAACAGGUUCCGCUACGCCAACGUGACAACCGAGAYGGACUUUCAGCGGCUGACGCAGGAACACCCAUGGCUGCUCACAGAGAGGCUCGUUGUGAAGCCAGACCAGCUGAUUAAGAGGAGAGGGAAGCUCGGUCUGGUCGGCGUCAAUCUGGACCUGAACGGGGUCAAAGAGUGGCUCAAGYCACGCCUUAUGAAAGARACGAUGGUGGGAAAAGCAAAAKGCAUUCUCAAAAACUUYCUUAUAGAGCCAUUUGUUCCUCAUAAGCAGACAGAGGAGUUCUACGUGUGCAUUUAUGCUGCCCGAGAGGGAGACUACGUCCUCUUCCACCACGAGGGAGGGGUGGAUGUCGGAGACGUGGACGCCAAGGCACAAAAGCUGCUAAUUGGGGUGGAUGAAAAGAUCAGUGAAGAUCAGGUGAAGAGAGAACUGCUGACUAAAGCUCCCAAUGACAAGAAAGCGAUUCUUGCCARCUUCAUCGUCGGACUCUUCAACCUGUAUGAGGACCUCUUCUUCACAUACCUGGAGAUCAACCCUCUGGUGGUGACAAAAGAUGGAGUGUAUGUGCUGGACAUGGCGGCGAAGAUUGACGCAACUGCUGACUACAUUUGCAAAUCCAAGUGGGGUGACGUGGAGUUCCCGCCCCCCUUCGGCAGGGAGGCCUACCCCGAGGAAGCCUACAUCGCUGAUCUCGAUGCAAAGAGCGGUGCCAGUCUCAAACUGACUCUGUUGAAUCCCCGAGGCAGAAUCUGGACCAUGGUGGCUGGAGGAGGCGCCUCAGUCGUGUACAGUGAUACAAUUUGUGACCUGGGUGGAGUCGACGAGCUGGCCAAUUAUGGCGAGUAUUCAGGAGCRCCAAGCGAACAGCAGACCUACGACUACGCAAAGACCAUCCUGUCUCUGAUGACGAGAGAGAAGCAUCCCGAUGGAAAGGUUUUGAUUAUCGGUGGAAGCAUYGCAAACUUCACAAAUGUAGCAGCAACAUUUAAGGGAAUUGUUCGAGCUAUUAGAGACUAUCAGGGGCCACUUAAGGAGCAUGAAGUCACUAUAUUUGUCCGCCGCGGCGGCCCCAACUAUCAAGAGGGCCUCAGAGUGAUGGGAGAAGUUGGUAUCAGAGCUUGGAAUGGAUGUUCAGUGYAGGUGGUGUUUUAUCGAAUAACCUGAAGGCCUGAUGUAUCUCUGCCCCAUUAUUACGUUUGCAGUGAAUAAAGGACAAGAGCUUCCACUCCCCAUUUUGUUGUGCAGACUCCAACAUCCAGAAGAAAAGACCCUUCAGAAAACAAAGCUAAAAUUGAGGGCUCACCAGCUAAGAAGGUGAAAACUGGAGCUUCUGUUACUAAGGCCUCUACCCUCUUCACCAAACACACCAAAGCUCUGGUGUGGGGUAUGCAGACUAGAGCAGUGCAGGGCAUGCUGGACUUUGACUAUGUCUGUUCCAGAGAAGAGCCAUCUGUUUCUGCCCUGAUCUACCCUUUCACUGGCGACCACAAACAGAAAUUUUAUUGGGGCCAUAAAGAGAUCCUCAUCCCAGUGUAUAAAAACAUGAGCGAUGCCAUGAGGAAGCACCCCGACGUGGACGUGCUCAUCAGUUUUGCUUCUUUGCGCUCAGCCUUUGAAAGCACCUUGGAGACCAUGCAGUACCCUCAGAUUCGAACCAUUGCCAUUAUUGCUGAGGGAAUCCCCGAAGCACACACAAGAAAGAUCAUUAAAGCUGCAGAUGAGAAGGGUGUCACCCUCAUUGGCCCUGCUACAGUUGGAGGGAUAAAGCCUGGUUGCUUCAAGAUUGGUAACACUGGAGGCAUGCUGGACAAUAUCCUCGCCUCCAAGCUGUACCGUCCGGGCAGCGUGGCCUACGUGUCCCGCUCAGGCGGCAUGUCCAAUGAACUCAACAACAUAAUCUCCCGCACUACCGAUGGUGUUUUUGAGGGUGUGGCCAUCGGAGGGGACAGAUAUCCAGGCUCCGUGUUUACUGACCACGUUCUGCGCUACCAAGACACUCCGGGAGUGAAAAUGAUUGUCGUACUUGGAGAGAUUGGCGGGACAGAAGAAUACAAGAUUGGCCAGGCUAUUAAACAGGGCAGAAUUACCAAGCCAGUAGUGAGCUGGUGCAUUGGUACCUGUGCCACCAUGUUCUCCUCAGAGGUACAGUUUGGCCAUGCAGGAGCCUGUGCCAACCAGGCCUCUGAAACAGCUGUAGCCAAGAACAAGGCUCUGAAAGAGGCUGGAGCGUACGUUCCCAAGAGCUUUGAUGAGCUGGGACAGAUCAUCAAAUCUGUGUAUGAUGGUCUUGUUUCCAAAGGAGUAAUCCAGCCAGCUGAAGAGGUGCCUCCUCCCACUGUACCAAUGGAUUACUCCUGGGCACGAGAGCUGGGCCUAAUACGUAAACCAGCUUCCUUCAUGACCAGCAUUUGUGACGAGAGAGGCCAGGAGCUCCUCUAUGCUGGCAUGCCCAUCACUGAGGUCUUCAAGUCUGAAAUUGGCCUAGGAGGAACUCUGGGGCUUCUGUGGUUCCAGCGGAGGCUCCCGAAGUACGCCUGCCAGUUUAUUGAGAUGUGCCUGAUGGUAACUGCAGAUCAUGGCCCUGCUGUUUCGGGUGCACACAACACUAUUGUCUGUGCCCGGGCUGGCAAAGACUUAAUCUCCAGUCUCACUUCUGGCCUCCUCACCAUUGGAGACAGAUUUGGAGGAGCUCUGGAUGCUGCUGCAAAGCAGUUCAGCCAUGCUUUUGAUAGCGGCAUGUUGCCUAUGGAGUUUGUCAACAAGAUGAAGAAGGAUGGAAAGCUGAUCAUGGGCAUCGGACACAGAGUUAAGUCGAUAAAUAAUCCUGACAUGAGAGUCCAGAUCUUAAAGGACUUUGUGAAGCAGAACUUUCCUUCCUCACAACUUCUGGACUAUGCUUUAGAAGUAGAGAAGAUCACCACUUCUAAAAAGCCCAACCUGAUCUUGAAUGUGGACGGCUUCAUUGGUGUGGCCUUUGUGGACUUGCUCAGAACCUGUGGAGGAUUUACAAGAGAUGAGGCAGAUGAGUUUGUUGAAAUCGGUGCUCUUAAUGGCAUCUUUGUCCUGGGACGCAGCAUGGGAUUUAUUGGUCAUUACCUGGACCAGAAGAGGCUGAAGCAGGGUCUGUAUCGCCACCCCUGGGAUGAUAUCUCCUAUGUGCUGCCGGAGCACAUGUCUAUGUAAUCAAAGAGGCGAAACCACACCUCAUCCACACUGUGAUCUGCCACUUCAGAAACUAGUGGCAGUAAACUAAAGGUACAUGUUACAAAUAUUAUAGSCGUCAAUGUGAGAAACCGAGAAGAUGCUUCAGGGUAUAUUUAUAGUUGUAAAAGCCAGUCAUUGCAGCAGUUUUGUGAGUACUGCUAAAACCUGCCUAAAUGUGAUGCUUGAAGGUCUGUCAAUGUGCUGCAGAGAUGCAAUAGGUUCAGAUAUACAUGUGAAUAUUUAGCCGCUGACCACAACUACCAGUCACGACGAGUGAAGUGCUGUAAUUUAUCCAUAAAUAUWACAUUAACAUGUUUACAAAGUCUGUAUGUCCUAUUCUUGUGUAACACCUACUAUUGUUAUUGUGCCAUUUGGAAAUGGCAAAGUUCAGUGCAAUAAUACAGAUCAAAGCUGAAGUCCUUCAUAUCCGUGUCGAUGUAAUGUUCCUAAAGCAGUGGUUUGCUUUUGUGUGCCAAACUGAGAUGUUACAUGUUUAUUAUUUGAGGCUCCAUGUCUUAUUUUACCUUUUAAAUGCUGGUUUUAAACAUCAUUUCAYAUUCUUCAUCUGUAACUGUCAUACACAGUAUAUUAAAUGAUCAAAUCAUGCUUGUUAGUUUCUUAAGUGUGAGACAGAAUGUUUCAUCUACCUUGUGCUUUUGUGUCUAUUUUUAACCUUCUCAGUGUGGACUAAUUGUGCUUAUUUGUGCUUACAUGCUGUAUGUUCACAAUUGCACUUGUGAGAUAAAAGAAAUAAAGUGAACAUGAUGUAAUCAUA